UUCAUACUGUAUUGUUGAUUUUGUAAUUUUUAAGUGUGUGAUAAGUCUGCUAAGUACUGUGAUAACAUAGCAUGUGUAUCACCAAUAACUUAAAAAUAGCGUCGUCUCAAAUAUAAUGUCUUGGACGACUUGCCCGCUGUGGUUUUACCAAGAGCACGUCGCACUAAAAAUAUUUUGCUCUUGGAGGCUAUCGUUAUUGUAUUAAUAAACUAAUUAAUAUAAUUUAUUAUGCUGGAGUGCUCAUAUUGUGCUAAAAAAUUCAAAUAUGAAAGUGAGAAGAAGCGACAUGAACUUAGUCAUAUUCCACAGUUUGAAUGCAAAGAGUGCAGAAAAAGAUUUAGUUUUUUAUCUGCACUGAAAAGACACCAGAAGCAACAUGAAAGGACUUGUAGCGUUGUAUGCAGUGAUUGCGGGCGCAGCUUCAGAGAUGAUUCAUUACUCAAGCGUCAUAUAAAAUAUGCACAUAAGGGUACUCUUGUUUGCUCAAAAUGCAGUUCGACAUUCAACAGCGAGCUGGCAUUAUCCUCCCAUAUGAAGUCACACAAACCAAAGUCAGAUAGGAGGUUCAAAUGCAAAUAUUUUGGCUGCAACAAGUCAUUCAACUUCACACACCAUCUGAAACACCAUGAGCUAACACAUACAAAUCAAAAACAGCAUAGAUGUGACAUAUGUGGCAAAGGUUUUAUCCAAUUGCAUCAUCUGAAAACACAUAUUAAAUCCCAUACUUCAGAUAAGCUGCUAAGUUGUUCUAUUUUGGGUUGUAAUAAAACAUUUUCAACUGAAUGCUCUAGAAAAAGACAUAUUGCCAGACACAAAACAACGGUUGACAGCGGAAUAUCAUCAGAUUCGAACUGUGAUAUUUCACAAGAUUUCACCAAAGGCUCAAAACUCUGUGCAUCAUGUGGGCAAAUGAUACAGUCAUCGCAAUAUGAAUAUCAUAAGGAACAAUGUCGACUCAAUGGAGAAAAUCCUAAAGACCUGUCUUUGAAAUUAUUGCCUAAUACCCAAGAGUUUAACAAUAUUAUCACGAAAAAGCAAGAGUUGAACUGUGAGUCAAUUUUAGGUGGUUGUAUUGUUAGUGGCGACUCGCCCGAUAACGACUGCUUGUGUGCUCAAAUUAAAAUAGAUGUCGAAUUUCAUGAUAUAGCAAGUCCUAUUGAACCCUUCAACGUUAAAAAUGAAUUGGUGCCCAUAGAAUCACUUGGCGAUAAAAUAAAAUCAAAUAAUAACUGCGGAGGCUGUGAAUGUUCUAGUAAAACUACGUGUAAUUUAAAUGCAGGCAUAAAGUUCUAUGAUGACAAUGAUUUCCCACAAAUAGAAUACAGGAACGAUGGAGUUAUAAAAAUAAAAGAUACAUUUGAUAUGGACAUAACACCAAUCAGUACUACAGCACCUAUAAGCGAAAUGAAAGUAGAUGAACAAAAUGAUAUAUUUAAGUUUAAUAGUUUUGUGCCAUACAAUAGUUGUCAGGCUGUGUUAGGGAGAUGUAUUGCAAGUGGAAACGGUGCUAUGAGUGAGGAAUGUCUUUGUGCGAAGAUGGCCAUGGAUGACCAGACAAUAAUUUCACAAGAAAUUGAUGAAAUAACUCCACAGCCAAAUAUAUCAAGAUAGUGUUUUCUGUGAUUGCAUAUAUUUUAUUAAUGUUAAAUUAGUCUUUAAUAUAUUAUUGUUAACUACUGAAUUAUAUAACACUAUUUUAUUAGAAAUGGUUUUUAUUUUUCUAAGAA